CAGUGUGCACACACAACAUGACCGCAGUGGAGCCGCAAGUUGUGUCCAUUAGCAUUGGCAGCGUCAAGGCCCCAGUGGGUUACCUGCAGCCGGAGUCAACGAUGGUCAAUUGUCCAGCCUGCGAGCGCUUUGCAAUGAGCAUCGUGGCCCAUGAGACAGUCAGCUGUUUGCAGAGAAUACUCAGCGUGACCAAAUUAUGCCGCAAGUGGUCGGGUCGACAUGAUUGCAAUCACUAUUGCGCUCACUGUGGCUGCUUUAUAGGACGCUAUGUGCCCAUUAAUUGCUACGAGCGCUGCUUGUCUAAGUCGGCACGCCAAAAGGCCGUCGUGGAUGAGAUGCAUCUCAAAGUGAAGCCCAAGGAUUGUGCAGUGCGCGCCCAAAAGCUGAGAUCGGACAUUCUGGCCAAGCGGGCGGAGAAGCGCGCCAAAGCAGAGGCGCUGAAAGCUAAUCAAACUGUGCUGCCCAACCAAUGAGUGCGUAUUGCCGCAAUGUGGCGAAUUGGCCCAAAGGUUGUCUUGUCUAAUUGUGCUG